CAAAAAACAUGAAAAAUUUAAAAAGAGACUCUAAUUGAUUUUUAAAUAAAACUGAAUAUAUAUGAUACAAAUAUUCUUUUUGAUCAAAAUUUGUCGUACUUAGUUAAAAAGUUUUUAUUAUUAAUGGAUAUAAAUAGUAUAUAAUGGAUAGUCAAAUUAAUCCAAAUACCCAAAUUAGAAAACUGCCAUACAGAAUUUUGAGAGAUAUAGCUGCCUUACUUGAUAUUCCUGGUAAUAGAGAUUGGAAGGCAUUAAUUGCUCAAAUGCCAGAUAAUAAAUACACACCUGCGCAGAUCUCAAUGUUUGAGCGUCAAAGUUUAAGAAUGGGGGGCAGCCCAUCAUAUGAACUAUUGAAAGAUUUAGGGUUUCAACUAAUGGAAGUGGCUGAGCUUGCAGCUUACCUUGAAGCUAUUGAUAACCAGGAAGCAUUACUUCUUAUAAAACCUUAUGAACAUGUGACCAUAACAAUGCAUCCUUCUUCAGAAGUGGUUCAAGUUGGUGGUUCAGUAACUUUACAUUGUCAAGCGACUGGAUUUCCGAAACCUUGUUAUCAAUGGUUUCAUUCAAACAACUGUCUAAAAGGUCAAUGCCAUUCUACUUUGAAAAUAAAUAACAUUACCAUGGCCAUGGAAGGUAAAUAUUAUUGCAAAGUAACAAACCCGGUUGGAUCUGCAUACUCUAAUAAUGCUGAUGUACAUGUUGUUCCUAUGAUUGCUAAAAUUGUUAAUGGAAUUACUGCUCCAAUUUAUUCAGAAGAUUGCAAAGAUGAAAACCAUAAUGAGCCUUUAAAAGAUGUUGCAUCCACUUAUGUUGAUUCCGGACAAUAUUACAAGUUGUCUUCUUCUACCCACGCAAAUAAUUAUCAAUGGUAUAAAAAUGGUUAUCCUAUUCCUGGAGAAUGUAAAAAAAGUCUAAUUUUUGAACCAUUUCAUGCUGGAGAUGAAGGACAUUAUUCAUGUAAAACAAAUAGUAAUGGUCAUGUGGAAUUUUCAGACAAAGAAAACUUACAUUUAGGAAUUGGCUCUUUGAGUUUCAAAAACAAACAGUUUGCUACAGCAAAACUUGCACUCGUGAUUGCCAAUCAAAACUAUAUGAGUCCAAGAAACAAAAGUGAACAACUUGUUCAUCCGAUUAAUGAUGCAAAACUUCUUACUGAGAAGUUAACAAGCAUUGGGUUCAAAGUAACCUGCUUAGUUGACCUUAUAAAAAAGGAAAUGGAGUAUGCAGUGGAUGGUUUUUGUAAGCUUUUAGAUUGUGCCCAUGGAAUGUACUCACUGUUUUAUUUCUCUGGACAUGGUUUCGAAGUAAAUGGAAAGACAUACUUGGUUCCUGUUGAUGCAUCUGCAUCAUGGACAACUGACUCAGCCAUGUCUGCAGAAAAUAUACUUUCAAGGAUCCAAUUAUGUAAAAAAACAAAACUUGAUGUCUUGUUACUUGAUGUUUGCAGAGUAUCAACAAAUAUUAAAGAAGAUUUGUCAAGUUUCGCGCCAUUUGUACCAGGUGCUCAGAGUGUAAUUGGAUAUUCCACUUGUCCUCAAUCCCAAUCAUUUGAAAGGCGGAAUGAUAAAAAUGGUAUAUAUAUGAAGCAUCUAUCAAAAUUUAUCUGUGAAAAUAUGCGAGUUGAGAAUCUACUUUUUGAAGUUGGUGCAGCUGUGCGUAAAGAAACAGAAAGUCAUCAUUUAACAAGUACAAUGUCACCAUCUGUCAAGUCUACCACCACGCAAGAAUUUAGUUUGUGUGACAAGAUACUUCAAGGAACUGGUUUUGUUUCUGGAGAACGAGAUCCGACAGUAGAAUGGUUUGCUUUUCACAGAUUACCUUCAAAUAGAGUUAUUGAGUUUGAUAUGGGUGUAUUUGUUGAAGUCAGAUUUGAGUAUGUCUGUUCAAAUACUUGCUUUUGUGUUCUUUAUGUUCAAAAAGUAGGACAAACUAAAAACUGCAGACCUUUUUUGCAGGAAAUAUCAGAUGACCAUAGUUGUAUAAAAUACGAUAAUGUUGAAGAUAGUUUUACAAUAAAUCAAGAAUUCAUUUCAAAAAGCAUUCGGUUUGAUAGUGUAACUUCUUUAUCAACAUCUGUUAACCAAGAAGACAGAGAGAGAUGGACUUUACUAACUAGUAUACAGAGGCUCAAUGGACCAUGUUUUAUGAAGGUUCGAGUAGAAUUUGAGUUUAAUGAUGAAAGAUACAUAUUAACUCAAAAGCUAGUUUAUACACCAGAAGAAUUUGGUAUUAUAUCUUUUUUUAACGCUGGAUUUUAAUCUCCUCAGCUCAAAAUUACGUAAUCCGCUAUUCACUGCUUAAAUCGAUUUAGUCAGUUUUCUAUUCAACCCACCUCAAGUGACCCGCAUGAUUAAAGCACUAAAAAUAAUGUUUAUUUAAACGUAAACUUAAUUUUAUGUGUUACAACUUCACAAAUUAGUGUAACUUUUUUAUUUUAUUUUCGAAGAUAUUUUUAUUCAAAA